ACCCGCCUACCUACCCCGCCGCUGACAUCACCGCGGGGAUUAGUGGGAUUGCGGUAGCCCUCUGGCUACCUGUCACCGACUCCUGGCACCUCUGUAACACACAUAAAGUCAUACGAAAUGAUGCCUGACGCAUCAUUGUGCUCCCAGGCUUCGUUGUGUAAGAAUGCUGCUGCUGCUGCUGCCUCUGGUUUACUCAUGCCUCCUGCUUCUGUCGCCGCCUUUUGCGGCCGCCAACAACGAUGAUGGCUGCAAUGAGGUGGUCUGCGGCUCAGUGGUGUCGAAGUGCUUGCUCACGCAGAGCUGUCAGUGCAAGCUGAACGACUGCCAUUGCUGCAAGGACUGUCUGAACUGCCUGGGGGAGCUGUACACGGAAUGUUGCGGCUGCCUGGACAUGUGCCCCAAGCACACCGAUGCCCUGCCCUCGCUGACACCGCGCUCGGAGAUUGGUGAUGUGGAAGGUGUUCCCGAACUGUUUGACACCCUCACCGCUGAGGACGACGACCAGUGGUCCACCAUGCGGUUUCCCAUGCGUGCCGGCAUCAAGCACCGCCUCGAGGGCACAGACAAUGUACUGGGUGACCGACCCAAGCCCGGAGCCACCCUCAACUGCACUGUGAUCUAUGUGAACUCUUGCAUUCGGUCGAACAAGUGCAAACAGCAGUGCGAAAGCAUGGGCGCUAAUAGCUAUCGUUGGUUCCACGACGGCUGCUGCGAGUGCGUGGGCGCCAAUUGCCUCAAUUACGGCAUCAAUGAAAGUCGCUGCACGGCCUGCCCCGAGGACCAGGAUCUACUAACCUCAGAUGCCAUUCAUGCCGAGACCGAACAGGAUCUGGAGCGUAUUUUUGGCGUCGAGGAUGAUGCAUUUGCCGACGACAUGUGGGACGAUUAUGGCGAUGAUGAUGACCAGUUGAAUUGAUUCUUAAUGUACACCCUAAACUAAGCAUUUCCUAAAAUUAUA